AAAAAAAAAAAUUGAACAGUCCAAAUAACAGGACCCUGUUUAACACCAACCAAUACUUUUAAUAGUCAUCAUCGUCGCAUUUCCUGUCGCCCAAGAUGAAGACUACUUGGAAGGAUAUCCCACCAGUUCCUACGUCGCAGGAGUUCCUCGACAUUGUUUUGUCCAGAACUCAGCGACGAUUGCCCACACAAAUCCGAUCGGGAUUCAAGAUCAGCCGUAUCAGAGGAUUCUAUACCCGAAAAGUCAAAUUUACACAAGAAACCUUUUCCGAAAAAUUCGCCCAAAUCCUCGAGAGUUUCCCCCGACUUCAAGAUAUCCACCCGUUCCAUAAGGAUCUUCUAAAUACCCUCUACGAUGCCGACCAUUUCAAAAUCGCUCUGGGCCAUCUCUCCACGGCCAAGCACCUAAUCGAGACCAUAUCGCGAGAUUAUGUGCGCCUACUUAAAUAUGCCCAGAGUCUGUUCCAGUGCAAGCAGCUCAAGAGGGCCGCCCUCGGUCGAAUGGCUACAAUCACCAAGCGAUUGAAGGAUCCCCUUCUAUAUCUCGACCAAGUCCGACAACAUCUUGGUCGUCUCCCCUCAAUCGAUCCUACUACCCGAACUCUAUUGAUUUGCGGAUACCCCAAUGUUGGCAAGUCGAGUUUCUUGAAGAGCGUUACCCGAGCCGAUGUCGAUGUUCAGCCAUACGCUUUCACUACGAAGAGCUUAUUCGUUGGUCAUUUCGAUUACAAAUACCUCCGAUUCCAGGCUAUUGAUACCCCUGGUAUUUUAGAUCACCCUCUAGAAGAAAUGAACACAAUCGAAAUGCAGUCUAUUACAGCUAUUGCUCAUUUAAGAUCCGCCAUUCUUUACUUUAUGGAUCUUUCCGAGCAAUGUGGUUACUCAGUUGCCGCGCAAAUGCAAUUGUUUAAGUCAAUCAAGCCAUUAUUCUCCAAUAAGCUAGUUUUCAUCGUCAUCAACAAGAUCGACAUCUUAAGGCCCGAGGAGCUAGACGCAAAGACUGGUGGUGAACUCCAGGCGUUGGUUUCGUCCGGGGAAGUGGAACUACUCCAACUCUCCUGCAACACCCAAGAGGGCGUUCAGGAGGUAAAGAAUGCUGCUUGUGAGCGACUACUCGCCGACAGAGUUGCCCAGAAGUUAAAGGCUGGUACAUCAAGCAGUGGUACUGUUGGUGGCAGAUUAGCAGAUGUGAUGACGAGAAUUCACGUGGCCCAGCCUAUGGGUGGUGCUACACAAGAAACCUAUAUCCCUGAAGCCGUGAGAUUAAUGAAGAAAUACGACAAGGAUGACCCCGAACGUCGCAGGUUGGCCCGCGAUGUCGAGGCCGAGAACGGUGGCGCUGGUGUGUACAACGUCGACUUGAAAGCCGACUACAUUCUUGCGAACCCCGAAUGGAAGCACGAUAGGAUACCGGAGAUCUUCGAUGGAAAGAAUGUGUACGAUUACAUUGAUCCUGAUAUCGAUGCUAAGCUUCAAGCCCUAGAGGAAGAGGAAGAGAGACUUGAGGCUGAGGGUUACUACGACUCGGAUGAGGAGAUAGAUGAUGCGGAAGAGGCAGAUAUUCGGGUGAAGGCGGAGAUCAUCCGAGAGAAGCAAGCGCUGAUCCGCAAUGAGGCGAGAAUGCGCAAAGUCAAGAACCGCGCGGCCCUCCCCCGCAAGGCUAUCAAGAAGCCCCUAUCUCGACUUGAAAAUGCGCUUGAUGAGAUGGGUGUCGACACACAAGAUCUACAUCUUAGAGCCAGAUCCCAAACUGUUACCCGUGGUCGUUCUCUUACUAGAAGCCGUCUUGGUACUGAAGAUUCCAACGCUAUGGAUAUCGACGAAACGCCAAGAGAAAGACUACGCUCCAAGAGCAGAGCAAGAAGCCAGCCGGCUACCAACAGACGAGAAGACGGUGUUCAAGAUGAGUUAGCUAGAACGAAGGCUGAAAGAGUGGCUAAGCUUGGCCAGAGGAAGAUGAACCGUAUGGCUAGACAGGGAGAGGCAGAUCGACAUAUUGGUGCUUCGUUGCCUAAGCAUCUGUUUGCUGGUAAACGAACUAUGGGCAAGGCUUCUCACCGUUAAGCCACACGAAUUUUACACGUAUUUAUUCUCUCACCGUAUGACUUCAUUGACGACGGCAUGCUAGGUUGCUUUUUGGCGUUCAGGCUGGAAGUAGGACAGUGAUUAGGUAGACGUCCCACGUGAAUAUAACUAUUUCGGUCACUUAACCGAAUAUCAAGAACAUGUUUGCUUCGCUCCUACGCGUGCCACGCCCCCUGAGCUUCAUGGUAUACAACUACCUAACUAUGUAUCUAACAUAGGGUAGCUGCUGUUCUAUAAAUAUUCAUAAAUAUAUUUUUGAUAAAAA